AUGGGCUUCAAGCUCAGGAGACCGAAGCUCCACGUUGAGCAGGCCAAGUCUCAGUUUGCCGAGGGCAGCGCAAGGUGGACCAAUGUCGACCUCGACCCCGUUCCCAAACACGCCCGAAAAUGGGGCGUCACCUCCUUCAUCGCAUAUUGGAUAUCCGACGCUUUCAACGCGGCGACGUGGGAAUUCGCAUCCUCUAUCAUUGCUGUGGGCCUCACCUGGCGAGAAUCGCUCGGGAUCGUGGCCUUGGCAUUCUUCAUUAUAUCGUGGGUCAUCGCCCUCAAUGGCGCAACAGGCGUAAUUCAUCAUGCUCCCUUUCCAGUCCUCGCACGUGCUAGCUGGGGGUUCUGGGGCUCCUACAUUGCAAUCAUCUCCAGAGUCAUCCUUGCAAUUUUCUGGUUCGCCAUCCAGACGAUGAACGGAGCAAACACGGUCAGAGUAAUGCUCGGCGCAAUCUGGCCGUCCUUCCUCACCCUCCCGAACCACAUCCCCGCCGACGAAGGCAUCGAAACAAACACGAUGAUCGCCUUCUUCAUCUUCUGGCUCCUCCAGGUCCCCUUCCUCUACAUGCACCCCAACAAUCUCCGCUGGCUCUUCAUGGCCAAAUCCAUCAUCGUCCCCAUCGCCUUCAUCGCCAUCCUCAUCUGGGCCCUGAUCACCGCCAAGGGCACCGACAUAUGGGACCAAAAGCCCACCAUCCACGGCGCCGCCUACUCGUGGGCCUUCCUCGCCAACCUCACGUCCGUCAUCGGCAACUACGCCACGCUGUCAGUCAACCAAGCCGACUUCUCGCGCUACUCGCGCGUCUCGGUCAAGUGGCAGCUGCUCUACGUGCCGCUCCUCCCGCUCGUCUUCACCUUCAUCGCCUUCAUCGGCAUCGCCGCGUCCGCAGCCGGGUCCGCCAAAUACGGCGGCGCCUACCUGUGGGACCCGAUGGCGCUGGUGGCGCAGUGGCCUUCGCGGGCGGCGCGCUUCUUCGCGGCCUUCGCCUUCGCCCUCGCCGCGCUCGGCGUCAACAUCAGCGCCAACUCGCUCAGCGCCGCCAACGACCUCACCGCGCUGUUCCCGCGCUUCGUCGACCUGCGCCGCGGCCAGCUCGCCUGCGCCGUGCUCGCCUGGGCCCUCGUCCCCUGGAAGAUCCUCGCCUCCGCCGGCAGCUUCCUCAACUUCAUGAGCGCCUACGCCGUCUUCCUCGGCCCCAUCGCCGCCAUCAUGCUGUUCGACUUUUGGGUCGUGCACGCGCGCAGGUACGACACCCGCGCGCUGUACGAGCCCGCGGGCAUCUAUCGCUACACCGCCGGCGUCAAUUGGCGCGCCGUGGCCGCGUUUCUGGUCGGCGUGGCGCCGAAUCUUCCCGGCUUCAUCAACAGCAUCAACGCGGACAUCGAGGUCGGCGUGGGCGCGCGCCCGUACCAGUUCGGGUGGCUGCUGGGUUUCGUGGGGACGAGCGUGACGUAUCUGGCGCUGGAGUAUGCGUUUGUGCCGCGGGAGACGAUGAUCGAGCGCGCGGUGCUGCCGGACGAGGUGUACGAGGCCAUGGGCUUGUAUGACGGGUCGGAGAUCGAGAGCGUGCCGGUCGGGGAGGGGGGAGAGGAGGUGGUGACGGUGGAGAAGAGGGGGCUGAAAGGCUGGGCGGAUAGGAUCUUGUAG